CAACACCCGAAGCCAAGAUGUCCAGCAAGCGGGCUAAGGCCAAGACCACCAAGAAGCGGCCCCAGAGGGCUACAUCUAAUGUCUUCGCCAUGUUUGACCAGUCCCAGAUCCAGGAGUUUAAGGAGGCCUUCAACAUGAUUGACCAGAACCGUGAUGGCUUCAUUGACAAGGAGGACCUGCACGACAUGCUGGCCUCUCUGGGAAAGAACCCCACGGAUGAGUACCUGGAGGGCAUGAUGAGCGAGGCGCCAGGACCCAUCAACUUCACCAUGUUCCUCACCAUGUUUGGGGAGAAGCUGAACGGCACCGACCCUGAGGAUGUGAUCCGCAACGCCUUUGCCUGCUUUGACGAGGAGGCCUCAGGGUUCAUCCAUGAGGACCACCUGCGGGAGCUGCUCACCACCAUGGGCGACCGAUUCACAGACGAGGAGGUGGAUGAGAUGUACCGCGAGGCGCCCAUUGAUAAGAAGGGCAACUUCAACUACGUGGAGUUCACCCGCAUCCUCAAACACGGCGCCAAGGACAAAGACGACUAGGCCAUCCUUAGCUGUCCCAAUGCCCAGACCCUACCCAAGUCACUGCCCUAGCACACACACUCUACCCUUCAUGGAGUUGGGGUUCCGGCUCCCAGCGCAGGAAAUGAACCAGCAGACCCAAAGGGUGAGGCAAGGGGUCCACCAUGGCCUCAGGCACCUAGAAGGGAUCUCUUUAAGGAAGGGCUGCAGUAGGGAGGGCAAAGUGGGGGGCUGAGGCAGCUGAAGAUGGCCACCCUGAGGCGUACCCUCAUAUUCCUGGGCUGCCCUGAGGAGGAAAGCACUCAGGUCCUGGUGUUGGACACUAAUUCCCAGCAUCCCCACAAAGGCCCGCACACAUUUACCAUGUCCCUUUGGAGGAUGACAAUCAGCACAAUGCCUGUCCGGUUUCCAGAGCACAAAGGAAUGUACAGAGGGAAGCUGCCGGGGGAAGCAGCCUCUAAUACAAGGCUGAGCACUGCC